AUGCAUCACUUCCGCGACACCUACGCGCACAUAUCUCACAUCAAGAUGCACCUGGAAGGGAGAUAUGGAAUGGAAUUCGGAGUGGAGGACACGACGGACAAGAGCCUCAGGGACCUCAGGGUGGCCCAAAACAAAUGGCUGUACAACAGAAUGCACGACCCCAUGCUGGACAUCGAGGCGUCGCCGUUGUACCUAACGUGUGGAAUACUCAUUCCGGAGGAAGAAGCGAAGGCAGCGGAGGUCCAGGACAGGAAUCUGCAAUGGAUGGCUUCGUCCAAGAAAUGCACAAGAUGCAACAACGGCAAGAACGUGGACCACCUCGCGACGAAGUGGCCAAGUAUUGUGGAACUUGAGGCCAAUACUGAUGUGAUAUGGGUAAUUGGCCAUAAAUAG